AAUGUCCAAUUAAAACUUCAAGAUACACCAUGGUAGUGGAUAUGCAUGUACCCAUAAGUGGGCAUUUGGUAGAGCCUAGAAGCUUCAUUGAAAGAAAGCGUAUCCAUUUAUACUUAUAUAAUUACACCAUUUUUUAUUUCAACUACUGUUGAUGCCUUUUUGCAUGUCAUAUGCCGGUGCUAUAACUUUGGUACAAUAAAUAUGCCUAUUUUUGGAAUUUCAUCAUUGCCAUACCAAAUCUAGGAGUAGUAUAAAAAGGAGAGAACCUUAUUAUUCACUCCAAAAAAUAUAUAUAAAAAAUCGACCCAAAUUAAACGUAAGUGUUCAAUUCUCCAAAAGUAUCAUUAUGGAUGAAAGGGAGGAGCAUGCGGAGAAGAAGGUUGAAGCUGUAGGCAAAUACCACUUCCUUAGAAACACAUUGCAGAUUGUUGUAUGGGUUGCUUUUUUAUCGGUUUUCCUUUGCCAUUCUUCAGGCAUGGCCUACUCUUUGUUUCCUCAUUCCUUCAAUGUUUAUUUCUCCACUUUCCUUUUCUCCUCCUUCACCCACACAGUUGAGAGGAAGUACAUGUUCCUCAUUUGCAACGGAAUACUAGCAUUCGUCGCCAAAAGCUCCGUGUGUAGCCGCUCAGAGUCUGAUAAUAAUCGCUACCUGGCCUUGGAGAUAUCCACCCCACCAACACAAACGAAACCUUCAGUCACCGAUGAGGUGGGUGCUGCUGAAUAUGACCAACAUGUACCUCUGGACGUAGCUGAAGCAGAAGAAACAGAAGAUGCUCAUGAAAAUGAAGCUGAAGAGCAAGCAGAGCAUGAGACCGAGUCUUCGGUUAAAGAAGAAGAAGAAGAAAGUGAAGGUUCAGUGAUAGUGGAAGAUGCGGAUGGUGAGGGAUACAAAGAAAGAGAAAAAGGGUGGUGGGGGAAACAAGAAGAGCGAGGAGGAGGUGUAGGAGCAAAGGAAGAGUUGCCAAUAAGCAUGAGCACGGAGGAGUUGAACAGAAAAAUUGAAGAGUUCAUAAGGAAAAUGAAAGAAGAAAUCAGGAUCGAAGCCCAACAACAAAUGAUUGCAUCUAAUUAAAUAUUUAUAAAGCAAGUCAUAUAAUAAAAAUAUAUAUUGUAAAUCCUCUUAUUACGUUGCAUAUGUAGUUUCCCAGACUUUAUGGUGUCCCUCUCCAUGCAAAUUAUUAAUGUUCUAUUUAGAGCUUGUUUCCAUUUCUCUCUCGCUCUCUAUUUUCUUUCUUUUUGUUUCUGAUGGCAUUGCACCAAUACUGCAAAUUGUGAAGUUCAGAAAGCUAAAUAAUUAUUAUCCUCUCAAGUUAGAUGAGAAUCAUUAAAGGGAAGAAACAGAA